AUGAUUUUUGAGAAGAGGAUGACAUCCUCGGACAUUACCUUACUCACCCGACAGAAGGAAUUGCUGAUCCAGAAACUGGCUACAUUUGAAACAACCAACCGAACACUGAGGCAGCUACUUCGUGAACAGCAUAGCAAAGAGACGGAUGCACUGAGACUAGCUGAACAAAAGGAAGUACUGCUGAAGAAAUUGACUGCUUCAGAGAGUGAGAAUGCACGUUUGCAGGUUAAAAUGCAAGACAUGGAAAAAGAAGUGGAUCAGCUUCUUAUUCAGGUGCAGACAGAAAAGGACCAUGCCAAAACAACAACUGAACUUUCCAAAUCUUUAGAAAAUACCAGAGCUCAUCUACAGGGACAGCUUCGCAGCAAGGAGGCAGAAAACAACAGGCUGAUGAUCCAGAUCCGGAAUCUGGAACGUACACUAGCCCAGCAAAGGGGGGAAAUGGAUCAUGUCAUGGAACAGUUGAAGGAGCUGAAGCAGAGAGCGGACAGGGAUAAAGAUGCCUUGAAAAAGGCUACAAGGGCCCAGAAACAUCGAGCAGAGCGGAGUGAAGAUAUUGUAGAGCAGCUGAAUGUGCAGUUGCUGGAAAAGGAGACCCAAUUGGCUGAUACAUUGUCCUCAGUGGAGACCUGGCGCAGUCGUCACAAUAAGGUGCUUAAGGAGAAGAGUCAGCUUGAAAUAGAGAUAACUGUCAUGAACAAUCGCAUUACAGAUUUAACAGAACAGCUUCACAAUCUGGAGGAUAAAGGCAGAGCUGAGCGCGAAUCUCUAAUGGACAAAUUUCAUAGACUGACCUCUGAAAAUGCUUCCAGAAAACUAGAGAAUGAGAGAUUUAAGGCCAAUAUGACAACUGUGGAAGAGAAGCUGACCUUUGGGCAAUCAGAGAUCCAGCAACUGAAGGCAUCGCUAAAACAGUAUGAAGGUCUUGUGGAAAAUUACAAAUCUCAGGUGCUAAAGACACGCAUGGAAGCAGAUGAAUUCUGUCUGAAGCUGGAGAUGUCGGAAAAGGAAAACAAGCUUCUUAAAGAAGAUAUGAACAAAGAGAUUGAGCUAGUACGUAGACAGCUUCAGACACGGCUCACAGACUUGGAACCUCUUCCUGAACUUUUGAAGAUUACAGAGCUAAAGUUACAGGAUUGCCAAGAGGAGAUACUGACAUAUGAGAGAAAAAUUGCUGAGCAGUCAACAACUAUAACUGAGCUCCGAAUGAAGAUUGAGCAACAAGGAGACCAAGUGGAGAUGUCCAGAGGAAGGUACCAACAGACCCAGGAUGAAAAUAAGCAGCUGAGACUUAAAGUGGAAAACCUGGAACGGAAAUUGGAAGAGGUAGAGACCCAGAAUCGGGAGCUCAUUCAAAUUGUGGCGAAGAGGGAAGAAACAAUACAUCAGAACCAGUUGCGGCUUGAGGAGAAAACUCGUGAAAGCUCUUCCUUGGCACGUCAGUUAGAGGCAGCUAUUGAUGAUGCCAGAAAGCAGGUGGAUCAAUCAAGAGAGAGAGCACUGUCAAAAGAGCGUGCAACUCAGUCAAGGCUGGUAGAAUUGGAAACACAGCUUAGCAGAACAAAGACUGAACUGAAUCAACUUCAGAGAAGCAAGGAAGAUGCUGAAAGACGUUUCCAAAGUCGGCUACAGGACUUGAAAGACCGUCUAGAACAGUCAGAAAGUACCAAUCGUAGCAUGCAGAACUAUGUCCAGUUCCUCAAAUCAUCAUAUGCAAAUGUUUUUGGAGAGAGUGUUCUGACCAGUUCUCCUGUGUUCCCUCGAUCUCCCCUCUAAGUGGCAAAAACAUUUCUACUUCCAAAUUAUAUUAAUUGGUUUCAUCCCACUAUAGGAAGACAAAGCCAAGGUCUGACAUUCAGUUCAAGCUAUGCUGCAUCUUCAGUUUAUUAUUACUAGUUUCACAGAUGGUGCAAUAUUGCUCUGGCAAACACUAAACCUGUAGUUAGUUUACACCAUGAAAUAUGUCACUUCCCCUGGCCAUUGUAGCACUCUUCCUCGAACUGUGUAUUCUUCCCCUGGCCUUCCCUUAGUACCUUCGCUUUUUGAACAUCAUCAGGUAUAUUUAAGUAAUAUUUCUAUAGCAGUCAUGCAUAUCAGUAAAAGAAAUGAAAACUCUAUACUGAGCAAUGUCAUUAAAUUUAAUGUUUUAAAGCUAUGCAAAACUCAGGAUUUGUAUGUAGGUUGAGGUGAUUGUAGCAUAUAGAUACCAAGCAGAAUGAGAUUUGAAUGUUAACAUGAUGAUUUCAAGGUAGCCUGUGCAAUGCUAUAUGCAACAGGAAGCUAGAGGAUUCGACCAGGAAUUUUUAGUUGGUCGAAUUCCCCAGUAUUGAUUGUGUAUUACUACCUGUGCAUGGACAAUUUAAAUACUCGAGGUAGUGCAGACAGGCCAUUCAGAAUGUUGGUUUACUUAAAAAGAAAUCUGAUGAAAGGCUGUUCUGGAGCUCAAUAUAAGCAUUCUGGAAGAAGUAAGAUUAACACACAUGGCCUACUGCCUUACAGAAGUAGGUAGGGUGAACUCUAGAUUUUACUGUAGGAAAAUGAAGGUGCUAUUCAUUGUC